AUUAGACACAGAGAAGUUCAGAAACAGUGAACAUUGCUUAACAGAUCACUGAAGAGAGCAGCAGCUGCCAUGAUGGCCAUGCCCUUUCUGUCCUGCACUGUCCUCUGGAUCAUUGGAUCUAUGACCACCAUCCUUGCCCUCCCAAUUACUGAGCCGCCACUGAUCCACGACCACCCCUUUGUAGCUAUAUGGAACGCCCCUACCGAGCGUUGCCAACAACUCGACAUCCCUCUGGACACAGCAGCCUUUCAGGCAGUGACCACCCCCGUUGUCAAGCCCGGUCAAUUCCUCACCAUCUUCUAUGAAAACCAUCUUGGGCUCUACCCUAAAGUCAGCACCAUUAAACGCAAGAUCUACAGAGGUGGUAUCCCCCAAAAAGGCAACCUCACAGAGCAUCUAGCCAAGGCCCGGAGUCAGAUAGAUCAUACCAUCUACCACGAUUCUUCCCCUGGACUGGUUGUCAUUGACUGGGAGUCCUGGCGCCCCCUGUGGAACCAGAAUUGGGGAUCAAAACGUAUUUACCAGAGACUGUCCCUCAUUCAUGCCCUGCAGAUGGCCCCAUUUUUAUCAUCACAGCAAAUUUCCAAAGUGGCCAAGACACAGUUCCAGCAUGCCAGCCGACACUUCAUGGAGAGGACCAUCAGUCUCGGCAUUGGUGAGCGCCCGAGCCGCCGCUGGGGCUUCUACUUAUUUCCUGACUGCUACAACUACAACUGGAAGAAUUCCAAUUACACAGGGAAGUGCUCUUCGAAGACUCAGAAGCAGAAUGACCAGAUGCUGUGGCUGUGGGGGCGCAGCACUGCCCUAUUCCCCUCCAUUUACCUCCACUACUCUCUUCGGAACUCUCCCCAGGCUGCACUUUACGUCCGCAACCGUGUCCAUGAGGCGCUGAGGGUGGCAACGCUGCCCAAACGUCCUUUUACAGUGCCAAUCUAUGUCUACUCCAGGCCGCUGUACCGGGAUCAGACCCAGAAGUUCCAGAGCUUGAGAGACCUGGUGAGCACCGUGGGAGAGUCUGCUGCUCUGGGAGCUUCAGGGGUCAUAAUGUGGGGAGGAAGCAAAGACUACAACAACAAGGCUGCCUGUCAGUCUCUGUCCGAGUACCUGACGUCUACCUUGAACCCGUACAUUGCCAAUGUGACGGCGGCCGCCAUGCUCUGCAGUGAGCUCCUGUGCCAAGGGAAAGGCCGCUGUGUCAGGAAGAACUACGACACCUCCCAGUAUCUGCACCUGAACCCCACCUACUUCAGCAUCCUGCGGGCCAAAAGGAAGUAUGCGGUGGUUGGUCUACCCUCCACCACCGACCUUGAGGCUUGGGCUGAACACUUCACCUGUCAGUGCUACGCAGGACAGAGCUGUUCACCAAUACUGUCCAAACCGACCACAAUCAGACAGAUUUGGGUUUAACCUGUGAUGAGAGUCAUUAGUGUCCUCAGGCAACCCACUGAUUUGAUUAUGCAAUUAUCAUGCAAAAUUUUAAUGGUGGAAAAAAAAUACAUUUUUCGCAUUUUCUUUGGCUCAUUUGAUAAACUGCACUGAACAAAAACAGCAACAGUACAUUCAUUCAGAUUAAACAUCAUGUUCAU